AAAAAUUACAAAAACCGAAAGUGAGGGGAAAAUAAUUGUUGUCUUUAUUGUGCGUUUUUGAGAAAAAUGACCGAAUUUUGCGACAUUCAACAACUUGUUAAAUUAUUCAACCCGCCUCGCGAAGAUGACUCUGACUCUGAUUGCAAUGAAACUCCUUCGAUCAAUGACAACACGGAAGAAACAAAAUCGAAAGAAAGCAAAACAAACCCCUAUACUAAACUCGAAACUGAGCGUGAAGAAAAAUAUGUGGACAUUUGUGACACGGAAACAAUUAUUUCUUCCGAUUGGAAAAGAACACCAAAAUGGGAUAUAAGCUAUCGUCAAAAAGUUACACCUUCCGACAUGUUUUUGCAGAUGGGAGCCAAAACACCCUCCACAUCUAGUUGUGAAGACAUGAUUGUAACUAUAGACCUCCCAGGCGAGCAUAUGCAAAAUAUGGGUAUCAAAGUUCUUACAAAGCAAUUGGAAGUGACUUCGCCUAAUUUUAACUUAAAUAUACCGCUGCCACAACCAGUACAUCCGCAAAAGGGCGACGCCAAGUGGGACAAAGAGCGGGAAAAACUCACAAUCACCUUGAGGAUGGAGCGAGAGUUUGAUUUUGUCAAUUUUUAAAAUAAAACACUCGUCCUUUAGGUUGCAUCAACACUAGUUAAAUUUAAUCUCUCAUUAAAUCCGUAGUGACCAUUGUUAUUUUCAGUUACAAUUGUUCUUAAUCAGAGAUUAAAUUUAACUAGUGUUGGUGCAAACCAUCCGUAGUAAUAAAAUAAAAAUGGGAGAGUUUUAUUAAAAAUAUCACAAUACUUAAGUUUUUAAA